CCAUUAAGUGUUGUGAAGAUUCAUACACACCGUCUACUCAACCUGUCACAGUAUCAAGUAGGUAAGGAGUUGCAAUUGUUGACCAUUCUGUGAGAGAAUCUAAAUUAAAUUGUAGAUGUAUUUUUAUUCGACCUAGGUCUGAGCACCUUUUUGCGGUGAAGACUAUGAAUUCCUAAAUCAUCCUUUACUGCACGGUAUGCCAAAAUUAAGUCACCUCUCCUCCUCCUUCGGUAUGAUAAUGGAAAGAGAUUUGAAUGCUCCAUCCUCUUGUCAUAGGAAGGUUUGGGUUACCACUAAUUAAUUUCGUUCCUACCCUCUGUACUCUUUCUAGGAUUUGUGCCCUCUUUUUGAAGCAUGAAAUCACCGCUUGUAUGCAGUACUCUAGAUGAGGCCUGCUGACAUACGUUGCAUAGAGUACUUAGAACAAAGACUCGUCUAGUCGUUCGUUUGAAAGCCCUUCAAAGUACUCAUGGCAUUCUAGUGUUAGCUGCGGCUCGAUUACAAUUUUCGGUUGUUUUUGCGUCAUGGUUUACAAUAAUUCCUAAGUCGUUUUGUCCCUUAACAUCUGGCAGUUCUUUGUUUCCCAGGGGGUACGAUGUGUGGCCAAGUUAAACUUUAAGCACCACUAAUUAGAUAGAAGGAGUAGCAUGUUGACAAGAAACUGAGCGGGCUUGUAGGUGUUGGGAGCAAAAGCAUUAUUUUUUUAUAUGUAUGUAUUCAUACUCUCAACUUUACCGUUAUAUUCUUCACUGUUUUUCAUAUCUCAGGAAGAUGGCCUUCUGUCUCAGCCUCGUUUAUCGAUGUCACUGCCUCUAUCUUUGAAAUCUUGGCUUAUCGAUGACUGGGAUUUGAUUACUCGUCAAGCUCGGCUUUAUGAACUGCCUGCCUCUCAGCCAAUAUGUAAUGUUUUAUCAGACUUCUUAGAAGCUUCUGAGGCUGAAAUUAGUCAGAAGUCAGAAUCAACUGGUGAAAUAAAAGAAGACUGCACUUCUUCUGAACCUGAGAACUCUCAGCUGACUACUACUACUACUACUACUAAGUUGCCAAUAAAUCCGCGUGUACGGCGUGAAUUUGUUGUUGGAAUUCAGCAUUUUUUCAAUCUUACUAUUGGUUCUCAUCUAUUAUACAAAUUCGAACGAUUACAAUAUGCUGAGCUAUUGAAACAUCAUAGAGAUAAGAGAAUGUCAGAUAUUUAUGGUUCAAUUCAUUUGUUAAGGUUGUUUGUUAAACUCCGAGAUAUGGUUUCAUGCGUCCGAGUCGAUGCGCAUAGUCUCCCUAUGCUAGAAGCUUUAGUUGCUGAGUUUUUGCAGUUUCUGCAACAAAAUGAAAGCCGUUGCUUCCGAAUUGAGGAUUACAGUGUGGCGACGGCAGAAUAUCAACGAAGAGCGAUGUGUUAAAUGUGCAUAUAACUAACUGUCACCGUUGUAAAAAAAACGAAAUUGAUGCGUAUGCUGUGAAAUGUACUCUUUAAUAUAAUUCCCUUAUUAGUUUGUUUUGAACAAAAUUUAUUGUUCGUAAUCGUUUCACCAAUUAUAAUCACACGACUUUGA